AUGAGUGAGACAAUAAAAGACAUAGUUAAUAGCAGUGGCAGGGUUGGACUGUGCAAGGACUCGCAGCAUCCACGUCAAGGUAGCACGUCUCGUAACCGAGACUACUCGGUGGAGCAACUGCAGCAAGCGGUGACAAUGGUUGUAGCAUAUAAAUACUCCCAAAAAUCAAUAUGUCACGCCUACAACAUUCCUCAGCAGGUGCUGCAGUCGCGCCUCAAGAAGGAGUAUUGCUACUCCAACAGAGCUCCGUACAAGCCGUACCCUGCGAGCGCCAUGGAGGAGGCCAUCCGUCUGGUGCAGGAGGAGGGCGUGUCGCAGGCCGAGUCUGCCAAGCGCUGCGGUGUUCCUAAGGCCACACUUUACUGCAGACUGGGCAAGAUGAAGGCUCAGGCCGUGCUUGCGGAUUGUGAUGAGACAGAGACUCAGAUUCACGACUCAGAAACUCCGAGUCAUGACUCAGAGACCCAGAGUCACGAAGGUUUGAUGGAUAGCAAGAAGAGACGACAUGACUCAGCGGACGAUGUCAGCAUCCAUUCUAAUGGCACCAAGAAACAAAAGGUUGAAUCGCCACCUCAAAUUUCAUACCAAAAUCCAGACAUGAGUGAAGACUCGGCAUCAUGCCCCAACCAGACUUCUUUUGUGGGGUUGAACUCCAAAGGGUCUUCCAAAUCAUCUCCUGAUCUCAACGGGUUUUCAACUUUCAACCAAUUCCCCAUCAAUGGGGAAGACGUGAAGAAUAAUUACAGUCUUUGGGGGAAUGGAGAGGAAUCAAGUGGGUUUAGCUUGUGGGGAAACGAGUCAUUAAUUAUGGGGAAUGAGUCAAUAAUUGAACCUGAUGGGAGUUUAUUAGAAAGAGCGGCUCGACUCGUACAGAAGUUCCGUCUGCCUCCCCGUGGGGUUGCCAAGCAAUUCAACAUCCCGUGUCCUGUGCUCAUGAAGAAACUCGGGCGGGGGUUCAUGAGGAAUGAGGAUGUACAAGUCCCCGUACAUGUUAAGCGGGAACUUGACGGGUGCGUUGAAAAUGACUUAUUUCCCACACCGGUUAAGCACGAAUUUGACACGUGCGUUGAAAGCGCCAAAUUUCCCAUACAUGUUAAGGGGGAACUUGACGGGUGUGUUGAGAAUGACUUCUCUCCCACACCGGUUAAGCAGGAAUUCGAUGGGUGCGUUGAAAACAACAUAUUCAACAACUUCAAAAAUGAAAAAGUUGACACAUCACACACAGCAGGUCCUACGAUAUCUUCCCGUAUUGCAAGUGUAACAACGACUGAGAAACAUGGCAGCAAUUCAAUAGCGGAUGAUGGGAAAAACACGACUGUGGAUCUUGGGCGUGACAAAACAUCUGAAGCUAAUGGGAGUAUGACAGAGGCUGAAAAUUCUUCUGAAGGUGUAGAUAAUGAUGAAAAAACUGUUGAUAGUGACUCACUAGCUAUCGACGAGAAGACUUGCAAUGGUGAAGAUGGUGAAACUGAUGGUGCUGCUGCCGGGGAUGCCAGUUAUGAGGACCCAGCAGCCAAGCCCCCCGUCAGUAGAGGCCACAGGUACCCCGAAGACCUCAUCACCAAGGCCAUGACGAUGGUGCUGCUGCACAAGUGGACGCAGCGCGACGCUUCCAAGGGCUUCGGCAUCCCGAGACGUCUUCUCUUCGACAGACUCAAGAACGUCAAAACUAAUUUUUACAGUUUGUUGAUGUCGAACCCGCACUCACCCGAAGACCUAAGCGAGGCUGCUAGACUUGUCGUGGAGGAGAACAUACCUUAUGCCAUGGCGGCUAAAGCCUUUGGUAUACCUAAAACUAAACUUCAUCAACAUCUAGUCCUACACUACGGAAGUUUUUUCUUCGAAAAGUUACCAGGAAGUUCAUAA